AUGGCUGCCUGUUGGGUACAGAAAACAGAAUCUCCAAUCCAGAAGUUCAAGCCACAAGAAUCCAAGCUGGGUUUUGCAGCCAGCCAACAAAAGGUCCAAGACACCAGCCUAGCGGUCUAUGGACUUGGAUUUGGUGGAACUGAUGCUGUGCAGGAGAGCCUAAUCCUCCUCCCCACCACAGAAACCAAUAUGUUGCAGGGGGAUUAUGACGGCAUCAUUAUAAUGCCACUGAGUGAGGAUCCGCCCCCACAGCCUUUACCGUUGCAGGUAACUGUGAAUGAUGAAAUAAUCAAAGUUUUUAAUGACAUGAAAGUAAGGAAAGAAAGAAAGAAAGAAAGAAAGAAAGAAAGAAAGAAAGAAGUUCUCUUCUGUUUAUGUGAUGACAAAAACCAAAUAAUUGUAGAGGAAGCAAAGCAGAUCUUGGUGGGUGACAUUGGUGAUAUUGUAGAGGACCCCUACACAUCUUUUGUGAAGUUGUUACCUCUGAGAUAUGCUUUGUAUGAUGCUGCAUAUGAGACAAAAGAGUCUAAGAAAGAAGACCUAGUUUUUAUAUUCUGGGCUCUUGAAUAUGUACCUUUAAAAAGGAAGAUGAUGUAUGAUAGUUCUCAAGAUGCCAUUAAAAAGAAAUUUACAGGUAUUAAACACGAGUGGCAAGUAAAUGGAUCGGAUGAUAUUAAGGAUCAUUCAGCUUUCAGAGAGAAACUGGGAGGCAAUGUACUAGUUUCACUUGAAGGAAAGCCUUUAUAA